AUGCCUCCCAAGAGGCGCGGAGCUCCCGCCAGCUCCUCCGCUGCAACGCCCAAGCGCGCGCGGCCCUCCAAGCUCGCCAAAGAGAACGACAUCACGGCCGAAGAAGAGAACGAGAUCAAGGAGGUGUUCCACCUUUUCUCGGAUAAGCAUGAGGACUUUCCAGCGGAGAAGGAGGGCGUCAUUCCGCGGGAGGAUGUGCGCAAGGCACUUGUAGCCCUCGGCCUCUCCCCCUCCGACUCAACCGAACUCGCCGACAUCCUCUCCGCGCUCGACCCCACCCUCACGGGUUUCGUCCCCUACGCCCCCUUCGUCUCAGUCGCCGCCGCAAAACUGCACUCGCGCGGCGAUGACGCGCUAACAGCCGAGGUCGACGACGCGUACCAGCUCUUUACGCGCGGGUCGGAUGGCCCCAUUACGCUGUCGCACCUGCGCCGCAUUGCGCGCGAGCUCAAAGAAGAUAGCGUCGACGAUGGCCUGCUGCGCGAUAUGGUUCUCGAGGCGAAUGGGGGUGCUGGGCUGAGUGCUGGGGUGACUCUCGAGCAGUUCCAUGAUGUCAUGAGCAGGGCGGGUGUUUUUUAA